GGAAGAGAUUGUGUUGUGGUCAUUAUUCUCAUUUCCUUUUUGGGAAGGAUCUGGGGGUACAUAGGGUUAAGCAGAGUCCACAUGGGACCUGGGAAAGCCACCUGCAAGAGGGGCAAGAGGUGGGCACAGCUCUGGGUGCCAAACCUGAAAAGAGGGUUCUUCCCCUGCUCCUCAUCAGCCACCCCCAGACAAAAUUCAACUUGAGCUGCAUGGUUAAGCCCUGGUAACAUCUCACAUGCCAGGGCUGCCAUGAGGAGAUGCAAUGGCCAUGGCCACCACCUCAGAAAGCACCAUGGGCACAGCCAAAACCAUGGGCACUUGGCACUCAACCACAGAGUCUGGGGUGGGCUGGCAUGAGCCUGGAUGCAGUCGAUGCCAACCCAGUCACUUCAAUAAAGAACUGCAAGAGCAGCAUCACAGUCAGGAUGAGUUUUGAACAUAAACUCACCCAGGUCUUCAGUGAGCAUGACUAUCAUCCUGUGUGGUUUGUCGGUGGCAGCAGCUGAACCCAAAAUAGACUGCAGGCUGCUACGCAUCACAGCAGCACAGGGCUGCGCUCACCAGACUUUCCAGCACCACAGGUUGGGUGUGAAAAGGGGCUGGAACAGCACCGACCAGGGAGAGGAAUUUCCAUUCCCCAAAUGCCCUUUAGUAAUAGUGACAAGUGGUUCUUCCCCCGGGGAGAGUCCAGAGCUGUCAUGGAAAUCCUAGCCAGGGUCUAUAUAAUGCCGAGGUACAGGCAGGUAGCACUCAGCAGCACCAAACCAGCAAGAGCUACUGGUUCCUGGAGCUGACAGCCACCCAGAUUGGACAUGAAGGUCUUCUCCUUGACCAUGGUCAUUCUGCUGCUGGCUGCUGCCUGGACUGAGAGCUGGGGCAAGUCCUUCCGCAGCUCCUACAGCUCCUGCUGCUACAAGAACAUGUUCAUCCAGAGGGAAAUCAACACCUCGCUCAUCCGCAGCUACCGGGAAACACCUCCAAACUGCUCCCGCAGAGCCAUUAUUGUGGAGCUGAAGAAGGGGAGGAAGUUCUGCGUGGACCCUGCAGAGGGCUGGUUCCAGCAGUACCUGCAGGGAAAGAAGCUGAGCAACGCCUCGACGUGAGCUGCCACCAGCACCAGCUCUAUUUCUCUGUACCCUGCAGUGCCCUUUUGGUACCUGUGAUGUCUUGUUAACUUAUGGAACCAGCUCUGCCUUGUCCCCAUCUGCCCCACUUCACACUACUGUACAUCUCUACUGGGAUUGAAUAAAGCUACUUGCUCUGAACUA